UUUAACGGUCCGGCGCCGCAACAGAUGAAACUGCGUUAGAGAAGCAAAUCGUGUGUUUUGCUGGUUUCUUUUCACUAAACGGACUAAACUAACACAUCGAGAUGGAUUUGGACUCGAUGAAAUAUGCAGAGCUGCGAAGUCUCGCCAAGGAGCUCGGAGUUAAAGCAAACAUGAAGGCUGAUAAGCUCCUGAAAAUGAUCAAGCAGCAUUACCAACAGGAAAAGAACAAGGCGGAAGAGCAGGGGAAUAAUGAGGGUGAAACUGCUGUUCAAGAAGAUGAAAACGCAGGACGAAGCAGUGAUCAGGAAAAUAAAGAUUCAACUCGCAGGGAAGAAGUUUCCAGGACCGAUGUGUUUGUGAACAGACGUCGAGGCAAAGGAAACAACAUCAAGAGGAAAAUCUCUGAUACUGCGAUAGAGGCUGAGUUACCUCCAAGUGCUGCAGAGGGCGACACUGAAGUGGCUGCAUCUGCAUCAACCAGGGGCGCAAAGAAGAGAAAAGUGUCUUCUGUCAAAGAUGCUUAUGAUACUGAGCUUCCUGAGCAGCAGCAGGAGGCUGACAUCAGGGAUGAAGCACCUGUGAAAGGUGAUGCAGAAAAAGCGGGAAAAGUGGCCAAAGCUGGUAAAAUCCCUCAUCACCAAGGACUCCAGCAGAAGAGAAAGUUGUUGAAGCCCGUCACCCCUAACUUCAAAAAACUCCACGAGGCUCAUUUUAACAAGAUGGAGUCCAUUGACACGUAUGUCCAGCGGAAGAACAAGCAGAUAGAGACCUUCAGAAAUUCAGUUAAAGAAGUGAAGAUGCUUUCAGACAAAACUAAACAGCAGCAGGUUGACGGCAAAACCCAAAAGGUGAAUCAGAGCCGUGUCUCCAUGUUCAGUCCUGCUCUGGUGAAUAAGAGACAAGCUGAAGACAAACGCAGAAACACUUUGUUCCCGGCGAGUAAAGCUCCGCAGAAUAAACCUGCUGCGAAGGAAGAUGGACUCUUCAGACCGUCUGUCCUUUCCACUCGCAGGAUCAAUGUCCGCUUCUCAGAAGCCGCUCGUGACAACGAGUAUAAGAGAUCCUUGGUGAAGACGCCUGCGCGCAUGUCUUCCUGUCUGAGCUCCAGCACUCCACAAACACAGGCCUCAGACGCAGUCAAGCCCAACCAUGUCAAGACCUCAACUGUCUCUGCCACAAAAACUCCAGGGACGUUUGUUUUCACCGGCAACACGAGCUCUUCAACGACUCCUGGAACUCAGAAGCAGAGCUUCGAUCUGAAGGCCAGUCUGUCUCGUCCCCUCACCUACAAGCCUCAUAAAGGUAAACUGAAGCCCUUUGGAGACGCAAACGAAAACACAGCAACAACAGGAAACAAGUCUCUGAUCUCCAACUCGCAUCAGAAAAAUUACAAACAGCACCAAGUCCAAACGAGGGAGCACAGGAGAACGAGACACAUGGAAGACAGGAAGCAGAAGAAGGAGAAUGUGCUCGGGGCGAGAAGAGGCCUCGUCAUGAUGUAGUGAUAUUACGCUUGUUUGUAGAUGUUUGUACAGCUUGUUGUUUUUUGUAAAUAUUUCGUUGUCUGCAGCUCAUUUCUCUCGUAUUAGAAAAUAUUCAAGCUUCUGUAGUAUUCAAAAUGUAAUCUACUGUGCAGUAUUUUAAAUCUGACACAUACAUUAAUAAAGUGCAGCAUGGUGCCAAUCGGA